GCGCACGCCACCCCAUGGAGGCGCCGGACCCCAUGGUGCUGGACGCUCCGCCCCCGCUCGCCGCCGCCACCGCCGUCCCGCCCCACGCGGCAAACGAGAAGAAGAGGGAGGACGGCGGCGACCCCGUCACCGGCCACAUCAUCUCCACCACCAUCGGCGGGAAGAACGGCGAGCCCAAGCGGACGAUUAGCUACAUGGCCGAGCGAGUAGUAGGAACCGGUUCCUUCGGGAUCGUCUUCCAGGCGAAGUGCCUGGAGACGGGCGAGACCGUGGCCAUCAAGAAGGUUCUGCAGGACCGGCGCUACAAGAACCGCGAGCUGCAGCUGAUGCGCUCCAUGGACCACCCCAAUGUCGUCUCCCUCAAGCACUGCUUCUUCUCCACCACCAGCAGGGACGAGCUGUUCCUCAACCUGGUCAUGGAGUAUGUGCCCGAGACUCUCUACCGGGUGCUCAAGCACUACAGCAACGCCAACCAGCGGAUGCCGCUUAUCUAUGUCAAGCUUUACAUGUAUCAGCUUUUUAGAGGGCUAGCUUACAUUCAUACUGUUCCAGGAGUCUGCCACAGGGAUGUGAAACCACAAAAUGUUUUGGUUGAUCCUCUAACACACCAAGUCAAAAUCUGUGACUUUGGAAGUGCAAAAGUCCUGGUACCUGGUGAACCCAAUAUUUCAUACAUAUGCUCUCGUUACUAUCGUGCUCCUGAGCUCAUAUUUGGUGCAACUGAAUAUACAACUUCAAUAGACAUAUGGUCAGCUGGAUGUGUUCUUGCAGAGUUGCUUCUUGGUCAGCCUCUGUUUCCAGGAGAGACUGCAGUUGAUCAGCUAGUGGAGAUUAUAAAGGUUCUCGGUACUCCAACCCGUGAGGAAAUUCGAUGCAUGAACCCCAACUAUACUGAGUUCAGAUUUCCUCAGAUAAAGGCUCAUCCUUGGCACAAGAUUUUCCACAAGAGAAUGCCUGCCGAAGCUAUAGAUCUUGCCUCCCGUCUUCUCCAAUAUUCACCAAGUCUGCGCUGCACUGCUCUUGAUGCAUGUGCACAUUCCUUCUUUGAUGAGCUACGCGAGCCGAAUGCACGCUUGCCGAAUGGACGCCCGUUCCCCCCUCUGUUCAACUUUAAGCCUGAACUAGCAAACGCCUCUCCAGAUCUCAUCAACAGGUUGAUCCCCGAGCAUGUUCGACGGCAAAAUAGCCUCAACUUCGCGCAUGCUGGGAGCUAGAAGGGCGUGGUACCACAUCGCUCAUUCUUUUUGUUUGUCCGACUUCUGCAAGCUGCAAAUACGCAAGCUCAGACCUCAUCAUCUUGGAAGAUAACUCUCCUAAAAACCUGUGGAGAGACUGGUUCGGCGCAAGAGAAAGAAGUACAACUAUGUAAAUUAUCUGACCGUAAGUUGUUGAUGCUGCCAGUGUUUAAGUACAUGGCAACGCAUGUUGGUUGAGUUAUUAAUUAUUAUUAGUAGGUAAGGCAAUGAUGUAGGUGGUGGAGACAUGUUAAUGCUAGGGGCCUGUGACCUGUUUCGUUUUCGCCAUUUUUGUAAUGCUUAGCAGUACCUGUAUGCAGCAGCAGUAUAGCUGCUCCCUGUUUUGUUCCUUCUCCCUGAUGUAAAAAUGUUACCGCCAACCGCAAUGACUGUUCUUCUGUUACUUUGUCUGAUUACCUGGUGUAACGCAUGGUUAUUGCAAAUCAGGAACCGUACCUCCAGGCUUUAAGAAAUGCUGUUGAAUUGUUC